AGUACUACUUAUUUCGUCAUAUUGUGUUUACAAAGAUCGAGAAGCAGAAAUGGAAUCUACGUCUAGUAAAGAUGAACAGAAUAAUCAGGAAGAUUCAGACUCUUCAGAAAUGGAUGAGACAGAACCUAGAUUAAAAUAUGUUAGAAUACGUAAUGAUUUGGAACAUAUUCUGCAAAAUGAUGCAGCUAGCUGCAUUGCUGUACAUCCAAAAUUCCUUUGUCUGGGAUCACAUUGGGGAAUGAUCCAUCUUUUAGACCAUCAAGGAAAUAAUAUAAAAUCUAAAAUGCUACAGGCACAUACAGUAGCGGUCAAUCAGAUAUCCAUAGACUAUAAUGGAGAUUUUAUCGCCUCUUGCAGUGAUGAUGGAAAAGUUUUUAUUUAUGGACUGUAUAGUACAGAAAACAAUCAUAAUAUGAGCAUGGGUAGACUAGUCAAGAGUAUAGCAAUUGACCCAAAUUAUAAAAGUGGUAGUGGCAGAAGAUUUAUUACAGGCGAUGACAAGUUAAUUCUUUAUGAAAAGACUUUUCUGGCUAGGAUGAAGCCAACAGUGCUUUGUGAAGCAGAGGGUGGAGUCAGAUCUGUUGCAUGGUUCGGUCACUUUGUUGCAUGGGCUUCUGAUACUGGUGUGAGAGUUUAUGAUCUUGAUGCUAGAUGUUCAUUAGGACUCAUCAAGUGGUCCUGUACUGCAGAAGUAUCACCAGAACAUUAUAGGUGCAAUUUGCAGUGGUCAGACGAUAAGACACUAUUGAUUGGAUGGGUAGACAUUGUGCGCAUCUGUCAUAUUAGGAAACGUACUAUGCAAGAAAUGGUCAAUCGAGAUUUGCCCGAAUUUGUAGUGGAUCCAGUAUCAACAUUUCAAGUAGAUUUUUAUAUAUCCGGUAUAGCACCAUUGAAAAAUCAGUUAAUAUUAUUGGGUUGCCUAAAGGAGCUAGAUGAAGAUGGAAAGAAUCAACGCCCAACUUUACAUGUAGUUGAACCAAAAUAUCAAGAUUUCUCAGUAAUAUGUGCAAAUUCUCUUACCUUACGUGGCUAUAAGGAAUACAGCUGCAAUGAUUACCAUUUGGACUGUUUAAAAGAAGAAAAUAGAUUUUUUAUUGUUAGUCCAAAGGAUAUUGUAGUGGCUAGUUUAUAUGAUACAGAUGACAGAAUCGAAUGGCUAUUGAGUCAUGGAAAAUUUGAGCAAGCUUUGGAAGCUGUAACAGCAAAUAAUGGCAAAGAUUGUAAGAGGCAUACUGUAUUAGAUGUUGGGCGUAUUUAUUUGGAUCACUUAUUAGCAUGUGGAAGAUACGAUGAAGCUGGAAAACUUUGUCUCAAAGUUUUAGAACGAAAUAAAAAAUUAUGGGAGGAAGAGGUUUACAAAUUUGCUAGAGUGCAUCAAUUGCGUUCAAUUUCGUCCUACUUGCCUCGGGGUGACGUUAUUCUCGAUCCAUUAAUCUAUGAAAUGGUGCUAUAUGAAUAUCUAAAAAUGGAUCCUGACGGUUUUUUACAAUUAGUCAAGGAAUGGUCUCCAAAUUUAUAUACAGUGGCAGCGGUAGUUAACGGCGUAUUGGAACAUUUACUGGUUCACAAUCAACGACAAAAUGUAUUAUUAGAAGCGUUAGCCAUUUUAUAUAUCCACGACGGCAAAUACGAUAAAGCGCUUGCUAUGUAUUUGAAGCUGCGGCACAAGGAUGUUUUCCAAUUGAUCCAAAAGUAUCAGUUAUAUAAUUCAGUAUACGAUAUGAUCGAAGGUUUGAUGGAUCUGGACACAGAACGUGCCAUACAAUUUUUUCUAGAGAAAGACAGAGUGCCGUCUGACACGGUUGUACAAAAAUUGCAACAUAAUCAUCGUUAUUUAUAUUUGUAUCUAGAUGCAUUAGAUAAGAGAGACACGAAGGAUUCAAAAGGCAAGUACCACGGUCUUCUGGUACGAUUAUAUGCCGAUUAUUCGAGAGACAAGUUGUUACCGCUUUUACGUCGCUCUGAUAAUUAUCCGAUACAACAAGCUCUGGAUAUUUGUAGCCAACGUCGAUUUUAUCCAGAAAUGGUGUAUCUAUUAGGUAGAAUUGGAAACACUUCAGAAGCCUUGGCGCUUAUGACAAGAGAACUCAACGACAUGGAAAGUGCAAUUGUAUUUUGUCAGGAACAUGACGAUGAAGAGUUGUGGAAUGAUCUAAUUAAUUACUCACUUGACAAACCUGCGGCUAUUACAUUCCUUCUUCAAAAAAUCGGCACUUAUGUUGAUCCUAGGCUUAUGGUGCAAAGAAUAGAACCUACUUUGGAAAUUCCAGGCUUGAAGAAAGCAUUGGUUAAAAUGAUGUGCGACUACAAUCUGCAGGUGUCUGUGCAGGAAGGUUGUAAAAAAAUACUGUCUAACGAUUAUUUCAAUCUCCACGAGCGACUUGUUCAUUGUCAUCAAAACGGCAUAUUUGUCGAUGAUGAUCAAAUGUGUGGAGCUUGCCAUAGGAAAAUAAUUGUAAGAGAGCCGCGGAAUAUAGUUGUAUUUUAUUGUAAGCAUUGUUUUCACGAAGAUUGUCUACCUAAUUUUGAUUUAAUUGAAAAUUGCGUGAUAUGCAAUUCGCAAAAAGAAAUGACACCUGGCAGAAAAUGAUAAAGGUAAACUACUUCAUAAUGUAAUAUGUACAAAAUCGGAAGUUUUACAUGGACUAAUAUUAUGUAUGUUUCAAUCAAAUAUUUUGGUGUAGCCUAGACUAUGUUGCAUUUGUAUUUUUUUUAAUAAUAAAUAAAGGUAAUUAUUUACUUUAGGAGACACCGCGCGAUGAUCUUGAUCUUGGCAUAUAUUGACAAGGUCAUGAUCCUGAGUGACCAACAGAUUUUAGAUGGUAGUCGCUGUUCGUUGAAAAAUUAAUAGUCAAAGUUAGUUAUUUCUUUGCUUUAUAUGAAAAGUCAAAUAACUUUUGGCAGAAACAGAGAUAUGGGGUGGACCAAUUAAAGGAAUAUGACUUUUCACGCAAAGCGAGACCACCCCCCCUUAUGUCAAUAUCAGAUUACAUUGUUAAUAUACGACGGUAUCUCACAUCUUCAAUUUUUGAACAAAUGCUUUGUAGUGUUGUAUCGUGAAAUCUAUGAUAUUGACAGGUUUUACUGAAAAAUUGAUAAUGAAAAAUUAACUACCACUUGUCGAAGAAUGAGUGCAAAGUUUAUCUAGAGAAUGAAUUUAUUACCGACAAGAAGAAUCUGGAUAUAAUCCGCGAUUAGCUGUUUUAUUUCAGGAUGAUCUGCAAGAUAAUCCGUGUACCGAGCUAUAUCAUAAGACUGUUAAAAGAAAAAUUUAUAUAAAAAUUUUUUUGUGAAAAGGGUGUGUGUGUGUGAGUGUGUGAUUUAAAUCUUACGUUUUAAGUAUAUCUGUGGUAGAAUUUGUAAGCGGUAAGAGGAUCCACUUUUCAUAAUAAUAAUCAUAAGGUGUAUCAUAAGGUUAGCCAAUCAGAGCUGAAAGUUUUUAAAAAUUCUUGACUGCAAUUGGCUAAUUCUUACGGUACGUCUUACGAUCACUGUUAUAAAAAGUGUAUGCGGACACUUUAAAGAAAAAUUGUAUUGGAUUUAUUACUGGUUAUGAUAAAAGUUUCGAUCAGAGAAUCCUGCUCCGAUGACCACGACAUAUAAUGUUUAAGAUCUCCGACAGGAGUUUUUAGUUGUCACUUGUUAUUCGUUAAAAAAUUAUUAUACAAAGAAAAAUUUAAAAAACGUCUUAUUUCUGCUACAAUA